CAGGUGUCUCUGCGGCAAUGAAUGAAUUACGACCUUGUGCUCCCUUGAGUUUAAAACAUGUGCUUGCACAAGAACUGGCGAAAGGAUUGCAGGCUGUUUCUGAUGCUUUACUGAGAUAUAACACUACUCGCAUGCUUCGAGAAAACGAGUCUCUGCUUUUCCUAUCACUAUGUCGAGCAUUUAUUGAGGUUGCUUUCCCACACAGUGUUACUUGUUUUGGUCGUUGUUAUCCGGGUGGAGCUCCUCUUAUAGCCGAUGCCACAACUCUAUUCGACGGAAUUAGCCGAUUAUUGGCAACCUCUUCCUCCAGAGAACUUCCAAAACCAGUUCGUAAUUCAGAGGCCAAUAGUAUAUCAGAAAAUGGCGAUGUGUAA